AACAAAACCAUAUAUUUAUUCGUACCCCGCCACCUUCUUCUUUGAUCCCAUUCUUAAUUGACAAUUUUGAUGGAAAAGGAAGUUGGUGUGGAUGGCGAGUUUAAUCUGAAUGACCUGAUAAUGAGCGAGUUAUUACAGGGAAGAGACGCUGCUAAGCGCCUCCAUAUGUGCCUGCAGAAUAAUGCAGCAUUAUUGUCAUCUUCUUCCCAAGAUUGGAGCUGUGAAGUGCUGGCAAAUAAAGUUCAGUGUUCGUUGGAUAAUGCGCUUUGCAUGUUAAACCAUGCCGCCGGACGAAAUGAAUCUUCUGAUAGCGACCGUGAAGUUAGAGACGCUACUUCUGGCAGAAGGAGAAAAGCCGCGGUUUGGACAGACCAUGUUCAAGUCAGUCAUGGUGAAGGCCUCGAAGAAGCCCAUGACGAUGGCUAUAAUUGGAGAAAGUACGGCCAGAAAAAAAUUAUGGGAGCCCAAUUUCCCAAAGGCUAUUACAGAUGCAGUCAUCUUUAUUCCCGAGGAUGUUUAGCCAAAAAGGAAAUCCAAAAAUCCGACGACGACCCCACCGUUUUUAACGUCCGUUAUCGAGGAAAUCAUACUUGUAACAACCCGAGUCCUCGACUGCAAUCGCCGCCGCCGCCGAGGACACUUGACAAUGAAGAACCCCCCAGCACGUUACAGACUCAACAGGAGGACAAUCUUUUGAAUUUACGAAGGAAUCUCAAAAUCAAAACUGACAAUAUAGAGGCCAGUAGCCAUGGCCGUGAUGAAAACCCAUUUCCUUCUUCUUCUUAUGAUUUUGCUUCAAGCUCGGGGGGCAUUAAGGUUGGUGAGAUCCACUGCGGUUUUCCGCAGCCUCCGACGACGACGGUGGUCGGAAACAGUUUCGUGUCGCCAGCCACGUCUGGAUCCAGCUGUUUUACAAUGUCACCUACUACUACUACUACACAAAACCUUGGAAGCCAAUUUGUGCCGACAACCUCAGACCUUGAAAUGAUAAUGGAGAUUCCUACGGCAACCUCAGGAACAAAUUCCCCAGUUGUCGGCAUGGGAUUCCCGUUCGAUGCUACGAUGGCUUUUGACUUCACUUUCACUUUUCAUAAUAAUAAUCCUGGAUUCUUUGACUAGAAUUCCCUUCAACCCACCCCAGGCCAUCCUAUCCUUGGCGCCAAAAACUGCAUCUAUCCCAGAGGAUAUAAACGCGCAUUCAAGUAUAUAUAUGCAUAUAUGCAUGGCUGAUCAAGAAUAUUUUUGCAUGCAUUAUAUUAAUUGGGAUUUCAUAAUCUGAGUUUUGGUUGGUUAGCUUCAGAAUUUCAAUUCCUAUGUCUCUUUCACAUUGGAUUUUUCAAGUAAAAAUCUGUUGUACGUGUUUUUUGUUAGUUUAAUUUCUAGUGCUGUACUGUUGUAUUAGUUUGUCUAUCAAAUUGUGAUAAAUUACUGCCGUUGAUCAA